GAACCUCCUUGCGAGCGACGCCAUUUUAAGCCUCUCGCUCGGUUCGGCGGUAGCGCAGCGUCCGGCGCGGACGGACAAGAGCCGGAGUCAGGCGGCGGCAGCAGCCGGAGACCGGGGCUUGGGGAACCCUGCGCUCUUGCCUCCCCGCAGUGUCUCUGAAGUUCUGCAGGCUACAGUUCUGGGAGCCCAGCAAGGAACAUGGCAACCCAAGCUGACUUGAUGGAAUUGGAUAUGGCAAUGGAGCCAGAUAGAAAAGCAGCAGUCAGCCACUGGCAGCAGCAAUCCUAUCUUGACUCUGGUAUCCACUCUGGUGCCACAACAACAGCUCCCUCUCUGAGUGGCAAGGGGAAUCCUGAAGAGGACGAUGUUGACACCACCCAAGUUUUGUAUGAGUGGGAGCAGGGUUUCUCUCAGUCCUUUACCCAAGAGCAAGUAGCUGACAUUGAUGGACAGUAUGCAAUGACUAGAGCACAGAGAGUGCGUGCAGCUAUGUUCCCUGAAACACUGGAUGAAGGCAUGCAGAUCCCUUCCACACAGUUCGAUGCUGCUCAUCCAACUAAUGUGCAGCGCCUGGCUGAGCCAUCCCAGAUGUUAAAACAUGCUGUCGUUAACUUGAUAAAUUAUCAAGAUGAUGCAGAACUUGCAACUCGUGCCAUCCCAGAACUGACCAAAUUGUUGAAUGAUGAGGACCAGGUGGUGGUGAACAAGGCUGCAGUUAUGGUUCAUCAGUUGUCCAAAAAGGAAGCCUCUCGCCAUGCUAUCAUGCGCUCUCCUCAAAUGGUAUCUGCUAUUGUGCGUACCAUGCAAAAUACAAAUGAUGUGGAAACAGCCCGUUGCACUGCAGGUACACUACACAACCUCUCGCAUCACCGUGAAGGAUUGUUGGCCAUCUUCAAAUCGGGAGGCAUUCCUGCUCUGGUUAAAAUGCUUGGUUCCCCAGUGGACUCUGUGCUGUUCUAUGCUAUAACUACUCUGCAUAACCUCCUGUUGCAUCAAGAAGGUGCCAAAAUGGCUGUCCGUCUAGCUGGUGGGCUGCAGAAAAUGGUUGCCUUGCUCAACAAGACAAAUGUUAAAUUCUUGGCCAUCACAACAGAUUGCCUUCAGAUUUUAGCUUAUGGCAAUCAAGAAAGCAAGUUGAUUAUUCUGGCUAGUGGUGGACCCCAGGCUCUAGUAAACAUAAUGAGGACCUACACAUAUGAGAAACUACUGUGGACCACAAGUAGAGUGCUGAAGGUGCUCUCAGUCUGCUCUAGUAACAAACCUGCUAUUGUUGAAGCUGGUGGGAUGCAGGCUUUGGGACUCCACCUUACAGAUCCAAGCCAACGUCUUGUUCAGAACUGUCUUUGGACUCUCAGAAAUCUUUCAGAUGCUGCAACUAAGCAGGAGGGCAUGGAAGGUCUUCUAGGAACCCUUGUUCAGCUUCUAGGGUCAGACGAUAUCAAUGUUGUAACCUGUGCAGCUGGCAUCCUUUCUAACCUCACCUGCAACAACUAUAAGAACAAGAUGAUGGUAUGCCAAGUUGGUGGUAUUGAGGCUCUUGUGCGCACUGUUCUUCGGGCUGGUGACAGGGAAGACAUCACAGAACCUGCUAUCUGUGCACUUCGUCACCUCACUAGCAGACAUCAGGAAGCUGAGAUGGCACAAAAUGCAGUACGUCUUCACUAUGGACUUCCAGUGGUGGUUAAACUCUUGCACCCACCAUCUCACUGGCCCCUGAUCAAGGCUACUGUUGGUCUGAUCCGCAAUCUUGCUCUCUGUCCAGCCAAUCAUGCACCCCUGCGUGAACAAGGCGCCAUUCCAAGGCUAGUUCAGUUGCUGGUUAGAGCACAUCAGGACACCCAGCGUCGCACAUCUAUGGGUGGAACACAACAGCAGUUUGUGGAGGGUGUGCGUAUGGAGGAGAUAGUUGAAGGCUGUACUGGAGCCCUUCAUAUCCUUGCACGAGAUGUUCACAAUCGAAUUGUAAUCAGGGGUCUAAAUACCAUUCCACUAUUUGUGCAGUUGCUGUAUUCUCCCAUUGAGAAUAUCCAGAGAGUAGCUGCAGGAGUACUCUGUGAACUGGCUCAAGAUAAGGAGGCAGCUGAAGCCAUUGAAGCCGAGGGAGCAACUGCUCCUCUAACAGAACUGCUUCACUCUAGAAAUGAAGGUGUUGCAACAUAUGCAGCUGCAGUGCUGUUCAGAAUGUCUGAGGACAAACCACAAGAUUACAAGAAACGGCUUUCAGUUGAGUUGACGAGCUCUCUCUUCAGAACUGAACCAAUGGCUUGGAAUGAGACUGCAGAUCUUGGACUUGAUAUUGGUGCCCAGGGAGAGCCUCUUGGAUACCGUCCAGAUGAUCCUAGCUACCGUUCUUUCCACUCUGGCGGAUAUGGUCAGGAUGCCUUGGGUAUGGACCCUAUGAUGGAGCAUGAAAUGGGUGGCCACCACCCCGGUGCUGACUACCCAGUUGAUGGGCUGCCAGAUCUGGGACAUGCCCAGGAUCUUAUGGAUGGGCUGCCUCCAGGUGACAGUAAUCAGUUGGCCUGGUUCGAUACUGACCUGUAAAUCGUCCUUAGCUGUAUCGUCUGAAUGAACUUGCAUUGUGAUUGGCCUGUAGAGUUGCUGAGAGGGCUCGAGGGGUGGGCUAGUAUCUCAGAAAGUGCCUGACACACUAACCAAGCUGAGUUUCCUAUGGGAA